AUGGUUUUCCCAGGACGAUUCAGCUCAGGUUGUUUGCGGUGUCGGCAGCGCAAAGUCAAGUGCGAUGAGGGGAAACCCACGUGUCGACGAUGCUACAACUAUGGCAAACCUUGCCUUGGAUACACCGACGAGUUUCAAUUCCGACAUUCUGGUCAGAAGCAAAAGUCACCCAAUACCACAACCAAUGCAGUCCCUCCAAAAACAACAAAUACAAUACCCGUUGUCACACCGAGUCCGCGGGCGCCCGAGAAACCGAAGGACAAAGCGCUCGCAAAGCCGACCAAACGGAUCCCCGAACCUUUAGCCCGCCGAAGGUCUCAAGGCAUCAUCCGACAACCUGUCCAGUCCUACGAUGACAUGUCGUUAUGUUACUUCGUGCGUCGCUUUGUUUCGCCUGACGAAGGCGACGGAUUCCCUGGUCACUUUAGCUUUCUUCCGAGUUUCUUCAAUCAUCACCAUGAUGGCGGUUUAGUCGAGACAGCUACGCUCAGUGUAGCUCAAUUGGCUGCGUUCAAUCAUUUGGGUAACGAGGAACUUCGGACGCGGUCAUUAAGAAACUAUGGGCGGGUCAUCAAGGGACUACAACAGAGUAUACAAUCUGAUACCCAGGCGCUUGACGAUAGUGUCAUUGCCACAAUCUUGCUGCUCUGCACGUACAAGGACUUUAGUGGUGAAGGACUGGGUGAUCCGAAUGAACAUGCAUCGGGACUGUUCUACUUGCUGGAGAAACGAGGACCAAGUCAAAUCGGUACGAGGCGGGGAGCAGAGCUAUUCCUACUUGCUCUAUUGCGACUCCAAAUUUACUCCUUCCUUCACGGCGACGAUACCUAUACCGACCCUGGAGCUAUCGCCACCGUGAUAGGUAUCUUUGAUCCUCUUCUCCGCGCUCUAGCAAUGAUGUCCAGGACAUUAUCCCUCCGUCAUCGUCUAUUCCAAUUUAUACAGACCGAGAUAUUCCAAGGCGGUAGUCCUUCCGCUUCCUCCGAAGACAGUAAAAGCGCCGAGGAAGAGAGGCUCCUGCUACAAGAAUGCUUCGACAUGCUAGAUGUCUUCCACGCAUGGGACUGCGAGGCCGCAACGUACUGGCAAAACACCUUCGAGGGUCGCGGUGUUCCCACCAUGCUUGGAGAAAUGGGCAUUGGUAAGACGCACUACGACGCCGAGACAGCAUGUAUCAUGAUUCUCGUCCGCUCAGCACGUCUCAUUUUACUACAAAGCAUGCUGCUCUACCAGACAACACUCCAGACGACCGAAGACGAACCGGAGGAUGAGUAUAGUAGCUACCAGGCCAUGUGGGCACAAUGCGUUCCCGUCCUAGAGGGUGAUGUGCGUAAAUGUGUCGACGACAUGCUCGCCAGCGUGCCUUAUGCACUGGGUGAUAUUGACUCCAACGGCAGAGAGGGCAGCUAUCAUAUUGACACGUUUGAACUCUGCGAUUGGUAUUAG